CAGUAAGCAAAUGGUAGUGAGUGUGUAAAGGUUAAUCAUUACCUCUUGACUUCUGUGAAGACUGCUAGGGGUAGUUUUAUUAAGAUUAUCUUUGCUGUGGUAAAAUGGUACUGAUCGUGGUGUAAUUUGAUUCAGUUGCAGGUGUUUGAUCCUUCCUCUGUUUAUGGAGUAAGCUGUUGUUCACGACGGACACUGAAAAUAUACUAAAAAUUAACCCAUUAAGAAAAAUGACUUACGAAUCACCGUACAAUGAAGAGGUCGAGAUAGUACCUUUACUACGACGCGAGAAACAAACAGGUUGGCGCUGGAGUCCGAGGUACACGGUGGCGGUUCUCGGCUGCGUCGGGAUCUUGGUCGAGUAUUGCCAGCGGGUCAACCUCUCCAUCGCUAUCGUUGCUAUGACGGGCUCAGAGGGCAGUAAUGGCAGCCAUGCCCUCGAUGUUUGCCCCGCUUCGCACAACAGUUCCUCCGGGGCGCCGACCAAGGAGGGCGUGACUUUCCCGUCAAUCAAUGCGAUGCUCGCCACGUGGGUUUUGCCUUCGGAGAGGUCAAAGUUCAGCACCAUCGUGUACUCAGGCUUCCAGAUCGGCACUGUCGUGGGGCUGGUGGCGAGUGGAUGGCUGUGUUCCUCCACUUUCCUGGGUGGAUGGCCCUCCGCUUUCUACGUAUUCGGGGUCUGUGGACUGGUUUGGGGUCUGGCCUGGUGCUGCUUCAUCUACGAGAGGCCGGAGGAUCAUCCCGGACUCUCGGAUGCUGACCUGAGGAUGCUCAGGCUUCACCAGGAGUCGGUGAAAGGGAAAGAGGUAAUACCAGUCCCUUGGCUGUCUAUCGCGACCUCUCUGCCGUUUUGGGCUAUCAUGGCGACCAGUCUAGGAAAUGACUACGGAUUUUACACACUGCUGACGGAGCUGCCAACGUACCUGCACGACAUUCAACACUUUGACUUGGAUAAGAACGGGAUGCUGUCUGCUCUGCCCUACCUGCUGAUGUGGGUGUUCAGCCUCGCAUGGGCGGCGCUAGUCGAUGUGCUGACGGCCAGAGACAAGGUUACGAUCGUCACAGUCAGGAGGCUUUCCAUGGCUGUCUCGCUGUAUGGACCCAUGUUCGGCCUCGUCGCCAUGUGCUUCGUCAACUGCAACGCUGUGCUGGCUGUGGCCGUGCUGUGCCUCUCGGGUAUGCUGUCCGGGGCGGUCAACAGCGGCUAUCUCUGCUCGCACCAAGACCUGGCACCCAAUUUCGCCGGCACUCUGCUGGGCAUCACCAACACCUUGGGCGCUCUGGCCGGGAUAGCCGGGCCCGCAGUCACAGGGCAUCUAGAGGGCAGGGAGAGUAUCUGGGCGUGGCGCGAAGUGUUCCUGAUCAGCGCCGGCCUCUACCUGGUCACCUGCACCUUCUACCUGGUCUUCAUUUCGGCCGACGUCCAGCCAUGGAACGACCUGCGCCGCGCCCGAGGCCAGAGCAACGCCGACGACAAAACCUCUCCCUACGAACCCAUUUAGGGGAUUCGAUUUCUUUGAGAGCAUUCGGAUCCUAUGCUUUUAUUAAAGAAAGUGGGAAAUGCAUUCGGGGUUCAAGAACAGUGUUGGGAGUUUUGGUGUAGUUUGCACACACAAAGACCACACACACACACACACACACACACACACACACACACACACACACACACACACACACACACACACACACACACACACACACACACACACACACACACACACACACACACACACACACACACACACGCACACACGCGCGCGCGCGCGCGCACUUGGUCUUGUAAAAAUAUAGAUAC